UCUUCGUCUUCCGCGCCCUUCCGUUGCUCGAAAGAGGACCCCAAACCCGGUGCCUGGCCGACCGCGGCUCGCACGGGCUGCGCCCUUUUGCCUCUUUUUGUUUUCGUUCUCCGUUUUUCUCGUCGUCGACCGUGUUUCACGCGACUUCCUUGGACGUGGUGCCCCUGUGACAUUUUGUUGCGUCUCACUUGUUUGCUGGCUAUUAUUGUCUUGUCUUAACGCCGUCAUAUAGUGGAACGUGUUAGUGCGUGCGAUUUGUGCUUGGUUUUGCCGGUGUUGUCUGUGCGAGUGCCCGUUCCCGGGUGUGCGAAGGUCUUCACGCCCCCAUCUGGGUUUCUCGAGCGCGUUGAUACCCCCGCCCGUUCACGGCGCCGGCAUCAUCCGGCCUCGGAUUGCGGCGGAUUCGUGUCAUGGGAUGCUGCGCCUCGGCUUUCCACUCGGGCUCCUAUCUGACCCGGGAGGGCGGCGGUGCGCAGAAUGCCCCCGCCGACGCCGAAGGAGCUGCCGCGGAAGCAGGCCGUAAAGGAGCAGCGUCCCCUACGGCUGCUAAGGAAGAAGCGAACAUCACUCGAAGCAUGAAGCAGGUGCCCACGGUAAAGAAGCAGAGCGUGGUGCUGCAACGAGUGAGAACGCCAAGAAUGCGGACCAGGACAACUCGAAGAAGCCCCUGGAACACGCCAAGGAGGACGCUAUGGAGAAGUCCGAACAUGCAGGCCGAGCUCAUCAAGGAAACCGCCAAGGAAGUGCACGAAAAGGGCAAGGAGAAAAUUGAACCGCUUCGGCCCCACGGCAAGCACGGCGAAUCGAGCGAGGAGAAAAAAUCGGCCGAAGGCGUCGCCUCGGGACACGCCCCCUCCGAAUCUGCGAGUAAGCACUCGAAACACUCGCAUCACGAAGAGCCGAAGCGAUCCGAAGCGAAGCCGCACGACGCCGGCAAGGAACACGCGGUGUUCACUGCCGUGCUCGACGUCAACGCGGCCGCCGCCGGCGAGAGCGUGCUCGCGGCUAAAACGGUCGCCAUGAAGAUCGACACCAAGGAGGGAGACGCCAUGUGCGAGCUGAACUUCAACGAGUCCGCCAAGGACGGUCCACAGGAGACGACCGAGACGUCGCCGAAGGCGGUGUCUCAGGAAGCGCUCAACUCGGCCAAGACAGAAGCCGAGCUCCUGGUCGAGCGGGUGAUAUCGUCCGUCGUUGGAGCCUCCGAAUCGUUGGAGCAUUCCCCGGAUGACUCCGCCCACUCCGAGAAGGACCGACUGCAAAAGCUCAAGGAGAUGGCGCAGCAAGAGUUUGCCUUGUGCCAGGAGAAGGCCCAUCAUCUGCUGAGCGACGUCAGCUCCGCCGUCUCGACUGCAGCUACUACCGUCGCGACCAAGUCGGCGGAAAUAUACGACGCCACCAAGAGCAAGGCCCAUGACUUGUCCGAACAGGUCACGGCGAAGGCGUCUGACACGGCUGAAUCUCUGAAGCACGGCAUGCACACGCUACAAGAGCAGGCCAUGGAACUUCCGCAGCUGAUUACGCACAAGUCGCACGUCCCGUCCGGCGGUGAGACCACCACUACUGGUGACGACAGCAGUGUCCCCGAGGUUCCCCGCGAACAGGUGCCGCUGCUCCAAGUAGACGCCCAGCGAGAGACGCCCGGAGAUAGGUUAAGUCCGAGCCCGAAGCCGGAAGACAUCGAGUCGGCCGUCGUCAAAAUUCAAGCUGGCGUGCGGGGUUACCUCACCAGAAAGAAUCUGCUGUCUCGGACGCAACAUGAUGUUACAGAAUACGCGACGGGCAAUGCCAACCAGGAGGAGCUGUCGGCGGCGGUGGCGUCUAACGGUGCUAGCGAGCCGUCAGACACGGAAGCGGCGGCGACCAAAAUUCAGGCUGCCUUUCGGGGCUACAUGGUUCGCAAGGAGCUCAAACCUGACAACGGACCCGGAAGCGGCGCAAGUGGACACAAGGAGGAACUCGUCGAGUCUCGCUAGUUCCCCCUAUCAGAGCGGCGCUGGCAGCUGAUCGCCAUGCGCGGGCAGCUCAAAAUUUCCCCCAAUCGCGAUCGAAAGAGCCCGAAAGAAGUGCCUUCUGUAAACACUUGUGUUCCUUUCUCUGUUGUUUUGAGAACGCAUGGAAGAAAAAGAAAAAAAAAUGAAAUGUUGUGAGAGUUCAUAUAUUAUAUUGACGGUGUGCUUGUGUUUGAAAUGUACAGAGUUUAACGAAGGGGAGUUCGGACUCUUUUUGACCAGGCGUUCUUGCUGUUCUCUUCGCGGGCGCACAGACCGUUUUAGUUCGCGCUCGUGGGGGCUUUGAUAUGUUGGAGUUACCUCACGCCUAAUUAUUUGGAAUAUUUUGUACAACCGCUUCGCUGUUUUGGCGAAGUGUCUGUAACGUACCUUGUAUUCGGCAGAGACCCUUCGUAUCAACAGCACAUGACGACACGCUGCACCUUGUAACUGAAGUGGUCUAUAUGCAGUGAUACCUGCGUCCGCCACGGCUUCGAAGUCGCCAUUGUUCUUUUUAUACAUGUAUACUAGCUGCCGCUGUUUCUUUUAUUAAGUUAUCACGAGCAUUUAUAAGGUAUAAUUUAUCGGCAGCCGGAACAGGGACAGCUUGAAGCUUUAACCGAAAAAAAGAAAGGCAUGCAAUGCCUGUAGUUUUUAUUUAUACAAGUGUCCGUGUGGAUGUAUGCCUUUUACACAUGAGCACCGCAACUGGUGUAGCGUGUGCAUCGCGUGUAGCCGUGACAUCGCGCUGUUUUCAGCACCAGAGAAAGUUUUCGUGUCUGUGUGUGCCUUACAUUGCCACCUGUUACGAAGAACACGCGAGUGUGAGAGCGAGUAAAAGUUUUACCGUGACACUUUGUUUUCGUCACUUAUUUCGCAAUAAAUGCUGGAAGAGCAAUUAA